CUCUGUUACAGGUAUGAUAUGGGAAAAUGUUCACGCAAAUUUUUUAUAUGUACACGAACAUAUUUUCCGUAUUAGCACUUUGGCAGGCCCCUUGUACAGUAGACAAGGGGUGGCGAGACCAUGACACUUUGGUGACACGCCCCUGCCCUGGUGGUGUGGGCGCGUCCUGACGCUUUUCCACGUCGCAGUUCUCGUUGUCCCCAAUGGUAAGCGGUUGCGUGUACGACUCUAGCUAGGCCGGAGAAAGAUGGCGGCGCCCGUCCUGCGAGUGUCCACCCCUCGAUGGGAAAGAAUAGCCAGGCUCCUUGUUUGCGUCUUGGGCAUAUUGUUGUCCUUAUACGCCUUUCAUGUGGAAACUGAAAAGUCUAGAGACUCGAAUUAUCGGGCCAUGUGCGACGUGAGCGAUUCUAUCAGCUGUUCAAAAGUCUUCACCUCCAGGUGGGGUCGAGGAUUUGGACUGUUGGGCUCGAUCUUCGGAAACGACAGUGCAAUGAACCAGCCAAACAGUGUCUACGGAAUUGUAUUUUAUGUCUUUCAACUGUUACUAGGAAUCACCGUGAGUGCGAUGGCUGCCCUGAUCCUCAUGACGACGUCCAUCCUAUCGGUGAUGGGCUCUCUCUACCUGGGCUACAUCCUCUACUUUGUCCUCAAGGACUUCUGCGUCAUCUGUAUCACCACAUAUGCACUGAACUUCAUUCUCUUUAUACUCAACUACAAGCGACUGGUUUACUUGAACGAGGCCUGGAAGCAGCAGCUUCCGGUCAAACAGGACUAAGAUGGGGGUGGAAAAUACAGUACGUGGAAAAUAUAACAACAACAAAAAUGUAAUGUGACCUCUUGAACAGAACAUUUUGACUUGCCACCAGGAGACCUUGCUUCCAAAACAAUGUUUAUUCUGCUGUGUGUUAUUAAAAAAAAAACAAGAAGACGACCAAAAAAACUAAAACAUGUCCGGGCGAGACAUCUCAAGUUCAUUGUUGCAGAAAUUAUGGAAGGAUUUUAAAACGGGGAAAAAAAAUCUCUUCAAUUUUUUUUAUUUGUGUUUUUAUUUAUGCUCCCCUUACACAUAAUAAGCAAGCAGGAACGCAAAGGCAGAAUAUCCAGUCUUCACUGUGAACGAUGAGAGGACGGGACACCCCUCUUGAACAAAAAGGACCAGAACAUGGAAGAAAACUGGGACUUUUUUAAAAGGCCUAUACUUGAAAUAGAUAGGAACGACCUGUUCCUGCACACCUGGACCGGCUCCGGAGGCUAGCUGCAACGUUACUACGACCUGAGCGGAACUGAAUAAUGGGUCAGAAUACAAAAUGCAUGAUCGUGGGGAUUAUAAUCGUACAGUUGGCAGCAUAGCUAGGAUUCCAUGAGGAUAGCGAAACGGUUAAAACUCAACACCAUACAGAAUCGUGUUUUUUUUUUAGUUUUUUUUUUACGUUUACACUUUACAGCAAGUUUGUUUUGUCUUUUGAUAGGACCACUAAUAUUAAACACGGGCGAAUGUGAGAAACUGUGUAAAUCA